GCAGCGCUUCUCCCCCCGCCCCCGGCCCUCCGCCCCGGGGGAGCUCCCGGCAGGACGAAGACCGCCGCGAAGUUGCAGGCUGGCAGCAGCCGGGCAUGUCGCUUCCUGCGUCAGCGGCUGCCCCGCCGCCCCGGGGGCCCGAGCUGCCGUCCCGACCCGGAGCGCAGCCGAGGGGCCCCCGCCGGCAGCGCCUGGGCCCUCCGCCGAAGCCCCCGUUCCUGCUUCCGUCUCCUUGCCCUUCCUCCUGCGCGCACCGUGAAGGGCGGGCGGGCGGGCGGAGCAGCUGCGGCGGGUUGCGUAGGGGCGGGGAGCCGGCUCCUCGGGGGCGCCCGGCCCGAAGCCCGGAGAGCGGCGGGGUCGCGGGGCGCCGCCUCCACAGCCCGCGGGUUGGAACCUCUGGAAAGGGGCGGCCGCGAGACGGGCACGCCGGCGGCCCCGGCCCGGCUCCUCGGCCGUCAGUCCCGGCGCUGGCCGCCUCGCCGAGCCUAUUUUUAGGCCUUUGGGGCUGGGUUGCGGGAAGCCGGAGCCCGGCGAGCGCCCCCGGGGAGCGGGACCCGCGCGGUGGGAAGACGCCGGCCCACUUGUUGCAGGGUGUCCGGGCCGCUCGGCGAGUCUGCCCCCGAGGACCGCAGACCGUGCUGUUGAGUCUAAUAGUGGGGUUAUUACAGCCACUGAACUGCGGAAAGAUUGCAGAAGUCAUCCGGAGCUCGGCCAUCUCUGAUCAGGCCUUUGUGACACUGACCACAAAUGAUUCUUACGCCAAAGGAGCCCUGGUCCUGGGCUUGUCUCUGAAACAGCACAGGACCACCAGGAGGCUGGUCGUGCUCAUCACCCCACAGGUCUCGGACUCCAUGAGGAAAGCUCUAGAGACAGUCUUCGAUGAAGUCAUUAUGGUAGAUGUCCUGGACAGCGGUGAUUCAGCACAUCUAACCUUAAUGAAGAGGCCUGAGUUGGGUGUCACGUUGACUAAACUCCACUGCUGGUCACUUACACAGUACUCAAAAUGUGUAUUCAUGGAUGCAGAUACUCUGGUCCUAGCCAAUAUUGACGAUCUUUUUGAGAGAGAAGAAUUGUCGGCGGCACCAGACCCAGGGUGGCCUGACUGCUUCAAUUCUGGAGUCUUUGUUUAUCAGCCUUCAGUUGAAACAUACAAUCAGCUGUUGCAUCUUGCUUCCGAGCAAGGUAGUUUUGAUGGUGGGGACCAGGGUUUACUGAACACGUUUUUUAGCAGCUGGGCAACAACAGAUAUCAGAAAACACCUGCCAUUUAUUUAUAACCUAAGCAGCAUUUCUAUAUACUCCUACCUCCCAGCAUUUAAAGCAUAUCCGUCUCCAGAGAAAUUUUUCCUUACACUUUUGUUACAACUGGGAAUGGCUAAAAAGGCAGGCAGUUACAUUUUCUUUUUUAAGUUAAUAUAAAAUUGUGGCCCAAAUCUUUGAAGCUUCCCUGGUAGCUCAGUGGUAAAGAAUCCGCCUGCCAAUCCAGGAGAUGUGGGUUUGAUCCCUGAGUCAGUAAGAUCCCCUGGAGAAGGAAAUGGCAACCUACUCUAGUAUUCUUGCCUGGAAAAUCCCAUGGAGCUUGGAGGGCUGUGAGUUCCUGGGAUUGCAAAGAGUCUGAUACAAUUUAGCAACUAAACAGCAACAGAGACAGUCAUGAACUCUUGGGCUGCCAUCGCUACCUGACCAAGAACCCUGUGCACAGCUGAAAACUCAAGAGUGAAUUCAAAGCCCCACUGCUGGGCGCAGGAUAACCUUGCUGGCCUGCAGGACCGAGUGGCUCUGUGGUGCUGGCCUUCCCCGGGGCAGCACAGCUGGUGGCAGGUGGAACGAAACUAAGGAGUGGUUUAGAGGCUUCAUGGAAGAAGUCAAGAAUUUGGCUCACCACUCCUAGCAACCGUGUGCCUUGAGAAUGCCGAGACAGUAUUUAGAUGCCCCAGAAUCUCACCACCUUGGAUGUCUUACAGCAAUGUAGCCUUUGCUCUUACAUGAAGUUUCUGCAAAAGGACAGCCUGACAUGAAUCAAAAUUAACAUGAAUUUGAGCCCCAGGGGUAGCAUAUCUAAAGCCUUUCUCUGCAAACUGUUUGGACAGAACAGAGCACAAAGGAAGCAGAUGUACUAGUUUUACCACUUUGAAUGGAUUUUCAAACAUAGCUUCUGAAAAACCAAAUUAAUAAUAUUUUCUGUAACAAAAGAUCCUGUUUAAUACUGCAUAACUUGAGAACCAAAAUGCUUGGCUUAGAACUUUUCGAUUAAUUUGUAAUAUAUGUGUUGAAAAACAAGCUCAUAAAUGUAUUUCUUAAUGAAAUAAUAUUUCUGAAAGUGCCUCGCAUAAUGUUUGGGAAAUAGCAGGCUCCUAGUUAAUAUUCGUUUCUUUAUGUUUUCUCCAUCUGGAGGGCCUGUUUUAUCCAAAUAGCAUAGAUUUUGGCUUGUACAUAAUGCUGGGUGAAAUCUCAUUAGUCUUUUUAAAAUCAGCCAUUUAGUUCCAUUUUUUCUUUCUAUUAAAUCCACUGACUAAAAGCUGUUUCGGUUAUAUUAUGCUAUAUAAAAUUGACCUAAAACAAAGAUAAAGAAUUCUAUGGUAUUGUUUCAAACUGCCAUACAUUUUAAUUGGUCGAAUUGAUUGACUAAAAAAACUUGAUUUGUCAAAUAAUUUCCAAAUAAAUAUUUUUAACUUA